AUGAAUGUCGAUUUCCUUCAGCAAGGCUUCGCAGGCCAGAAACUGGCGGUCUCGGGUCCACUUGCGACUGAACACCUUGCCACAAAUUGGGCAGAUCUUGUUGUUCGGGUCCCCAGGGACAGCUCUCCCUUCGUAGCAGAUUUGUUCAUGAGCCUCCAUGAGGGCAUUGCAGUCGGACUCUUCGCCACAGUGCAUGCCCUUUUGAUGUGUUUCCUUACGGAGUACACUGUUGAAUACUAUGCCACAGUGACCAUAGGUCCGAUCCGCUGCUGGUUGAUACUGUUUCAUGAGGCGAAGACCAUCCUGGCAGUGCUUUGUGUGUCGUUUGCAGCCCCACGGGCGCGGGAAUACUUUGCCGCAACGAGAACAGGUGAGGUGCUCGAUGGAAUCGGCACGCGCUUCCUGACCCCAACACACUGA